AUGGCCAAAGGAAAGAAGAGGGCCUUGGUCGCUAUCACUGCACAAAUCCUCGCACCAGAACCACAGCUUGAAAGUCUUCAGAAUCUACCUUUAGAGCAUCAUACAGACCCUCCUCCUGCAAUGGACACACAAAGCUCAUUUGCCCAGCUCAGCAAGACUUUCAUCACGCAGUUCAUCGAGGAGAAGGUUAGAAGGAAACCAGCCACCCACCUCCUCACCGUUACCCAAAGGGAAGACGAGCUAUUGAAAGACUACAUUAUCCGCUUCAAUGAGAAGGCAAUACAAGUGGACGACUACUCCGACCAGAUAGCUCUGGCUGUCAUGAUAUUCGAAGAGCUCUUUAGCUCGCGGAAAGCUACUUGGAGCAUAGACAUCUCGGCUAAGGACAUAAAGCGCAAGGAGGAAAGAGAGCCGCCUACUGUUAACAAUAAGAAGAGAAGGGACGACGAAUCUAACAGAGGUUCGCAUCCUAACAGACGAUCAAAGAGUAGGUUCCACUCCUAUACCCCGUUGAACACGACUGCCGAGCAAGUUUUUAUGGAAGUUUGUGAUAAAAGAAUCAUGAAGCGGUCGAGUAGGAUGAAGGCUGACGCCGACAAGAGAGACAAGCGAAAGUAUUGCCAAUUCCAUCGCGACCACGGCCAUACUACUACUGAAUGUUUUGAUCUCAAUAAAGAGAUCGAGUACCUCAUUCGAUCUGGGCACCUAUAG